UUAUAAAAUGUUCUGGUGAUGUGGUGUUCGGAAAUCUCAACUUGUCUGCCAACUAUUCCAUCGGUUCAGCAUCUUCACCGAGUGACAUCAUCAGUGAGCAGGAGGCUGCAAGCAUGGAAGUCACUGAACCCAAGAAGAUCAUCAUCGACACCGAUCCUGGUAUCGAUGAUGCCAUGGCCAUAUUUGUGGCAUUGAAGUCGCCGGAGGUGGAAGUGAUUGGACUCACAACUAUAUACGGAAAUGUUUAUACGACUCUCGCCACAAGAAAUGCCUUGCAUUUGUUGGAGUUUGCAGGGAGAACUGAUAUCCCCGUGGCUGAAGGAUCCCAUGUCACUAUCACUCAAGGUACAAAACUCCGUAUUGCUGAUUUUGUUCAUGGUGCGGAUGGACUUGGAAACCAAAACUUCCCUCCACCAAAUGGAAAGCCAAUUGAACAGUCUGCUACAUCUUUUCUGGUGGAACAAGCAAAGCUUUACCCUGGAAAAGUCACUGUGGUAGCAUUAGGCCCACUUACAAAUAUUGCACUGGCUAUACAACUAGAUCCUGCAUUUGCAAAGAACAUUGGGCAGAUUGUUCUUCUUGGUGGUUCUUUUGCAGUUAAUGGGAAUGUUAAUCCAGCAGCGGAGGCUAAUAUAUUUGGGGAUCCAGAUGCUGCAGAUAUAGUAUUUACAAGUGGAGCAGAUAUCUUGGCCGUGGGCAUAAAUGUUACCCAUCAAGUUGUUUUGACAGAUGCUGAUCGAGACAAGUUGGCAAAGUCAGGUGGAAAAUUUGCGCAGUACUUGUGCAAAAUUUUAGAUGUGUACUUCUCUUACCAUCAUGAUGCGUAUAGCACAAAAGGAGUUUACCUUCAUGAUCCAACAGCCCUUCUGGCAGCUGUUAAUCCUUCACUUCUAACUUACACAGAGGGUGUUGUUAGAGUCCAGACAAGCGGCAUCACAAGAGGGCUCACAAUUUUGUAUAACAAGCAGAAAAAGUUCGGUGAAGUCACAGAAUGGUGUGAGAAACCCACGGUGAAGGUGGCGGUUACUGUGGAUGCUCCCACCGUGUUAAACUUGGUCAUGGAACGGCUCAUGGACUCUUGAUGUGCAGGUUGAACUUUGAAGUAUAGAGCCAACGUUUGAAGAGUUGGCUUCCAUUUCAUUAGUGUUUAGCAUGACGAUUGCAUACGGUUGUGCUUGAAUGUUGCUUUGGUAUAUAAGGCAUCUUCACCAUAAUAAUGUUAUGAUACAAUCAUGUAUGGAAACAAAGGAAACAUUGUAUGUAAUUUAAUUAGAUUGCUGGCA